CGCUCUCUUAAACAACAAAAUACAUAAAAGAAGAGAGGAAGCCCAUUACGAAAAGCACCUCUCUCUCUCUAUAUAUAUUUAUAUAUAUAUUUCUCUGUCGGGGUUUUCCUGUUCGUCGCUGAGGUACCUGAAAACUGAGUGGCAAUUCAUAAUAUACUGAAGGGAAUAAGUUCAUAAAUUUGAUAGUAUAUACAUAUAUGUGUUUAUAGGUUGUAUGAAUGGAUUUGAAUAACAUUGAAUGCAUAUCAUCCUCGGAUGGCAUGGAGGAGGAUGAGAUCCGACAUCAUUAUCCUCAGUUUUCGUCCUCGAAGAAUCACAACAACGUUGUCUCCAUGGCGGCGAUUCAUCCAACCACAAGUGUCCAUGAGCUUCUCGAAUGCCCAGUUUGUACCAAUUCAAUGUACCCUCCAAUACACCAGUGCCACAAUGGGCAUACACUCUGUUCCACCUGUAAAACAAGGGUACAGAACCGAUGUCCCACUUGUAGACAGGAGCUUGGUGAUAUAAGGUGUCUAGCAUUAGAAAAGGUAGCCGAAUCACUUGAAUUGCCUUGCAAGUAUUGCUCCCUUGGAUGCCCCGAGAUAUUUCCUUACUACAGCAAGCUCAAACAUGAGGCCAUAUGUAACUUUAGGCCAUAUAACUGUCCAUAUGCUGGAUCAGAGUGCUCGGUUAUUGGGGAUAUCCCUUACCUGGUUGCUCAUCUGAGGGAUGAACACAAGGUGGACAUGCACUCUGGAUGCACAUUCAACCAUCGUUAUGUCAAGUCUAAUCCACGUGAAGUAGAAAAUGCCACGUGGAUGCUCACUGUUUUCAAUUGUUACGGUCACUACUUCUGCCUCCAUUUUGAAGCUUUUCAGCUAGGAAUGGCUCCUGUUUAUAUGGCAUUUCUGCGAUUCAUGGGUGAUGAGACAGAGGCUCGAAACUACAGUUACAGUUUGGAGGUGGGGGGAAAUGGCCGAAAACUUAUUUUUGAGGGCACCCCACGAAGCAUAAGGGAUAGCCACAGGAAGGUUAGAGACAGCCAUGAUGGCCUUAUUAUACAGCGUAAUAUGGCACUAUUCUUCUCUGGAGGGGACAGGAAAGAACUGAAACUCCGAGUGACAGGACGAAUAUGGAAGGAACAGCAAAACCCAGAUGGCGGUGCAUGCAUACCCAACCUCUGCAGUUAAAGACUGGUUGGGGGUUGUAUUGCUUUCCAUUGCUCUCUGUCGUGUGUGAUGAACUUGCUCCUAAUGUUAUUAGUGGUUAGAAUACAUUUGAGAAUUCUUGAAAUACGAAUUGAAUAGCUGGAAGUUGUAGCUUUUCUUAUACAUUGUUAAUAAGGUUUUUUCCUUGGUAAUGAAGAUCUUUCUCUGUGAUGAUUCUGGUUAUAA